AUGGGUCGUACAUAUCCUCCUCCGAAAGGUUUGGGAGACGGUCGUGGAGGGAGUAUUGAUAAAAGUGUAAAAAAAACUAUUAGUUACAGUGGAGACGUCCGUGGAGGGAGUAUUGAUAAAGGUGGAAAAAAAGCCAUCAGUUACAGUGGAGACGGACGUGGAGGGGGUAUUGAUAAAGGUGGAAAAAAAAAAGCUGUUAGUUAUAGUGGAGAUAGAGGAGGCACGAGAGGCAGUAAUGAUGUAGGAGGCAUGAGAGGCAUGAGAGAUGGUAGUGACAGAGGAGGCAUGAGAGAUGGUAGUGACAGAGGAGGCGUGAGAGAUGGUAGUGAAAGAGGAGGCUUGAGAUAUGGUAGUGACAGAGGAGGCAUGAGAGAUGGUAGUGACAGAGGAGGCAUGAGAGAUGGUAGUCACAAAGGAGGCAUGAGAGAUGGUAGUAACAGAGGAGGCAUGGGAGAUGGUAGUGACAGAGGAGGCAUGAGAGAUGGUAGUGACAGAGGAGGCAUGAGAGAUGGUAAAGGAUCACAGAUGAGUUCUUCUGGCAGUGGCACAUUUCAUGACCCGUAUGGACCGGAUACCAUCUUCGACAAGGAGGACUUUGCAUCUGAUGGGGAUAGCGGGGGGGGGGGUUUCAUGAUGAAUUUGUGCAUCGUCAGAUCGCAAGGGAUUUAUCAGUGGCCUGAGUCGGAGGAGGAUAAAAUCUUCGAAGGUUUCAAAAAUGUCUUGAACCGUCGAUAUAGAGACAUUAUUAAUGGUGCUAGGAAGGCAUCUGCAUUAGCAGCCAAAAAUGCUGGUCAUGUCUUCCCACCAGGGGAGACUUAUGAUUUCUCAGUGAUGCGUGAUUUUCCGCCUACUUGGAUCACAUCUGACGUAUGGCAGGCUCUCUGCACGAUAUGGGACACUGAUACUUGGAGAAAUAUAUCCGAGAGCGGAAAGAGAAAUCGUAACAGUAGUGUUAAUGGUUCCAUCUCGAAGAAGGCAAAGGGGGAGGACCCUUUGUGGGGAGACGUUUUCAAGCAGACUCACCUUGAAAAGAGUGCAAAGGUGAAGUUGGCAUCUGGAGAGUUGAUUGGGAGCCAACCUGAGCACUGGGUUAAUGAGAAGUCUUGGACUGUAUUUAUAAAUGAAUUAGAGAGCAUGUUGGAACGAGAAGUGAAGAAACGGGAGGAAAUAGAAGCCAAUUUUGAAGUUACGAGAGGACAUGGAAAGUCGUCUUCUUGGAAAAAUGAAUGA